AUGACUACAGAUGGUUCUUACAGUUUGCCAACGAAUGGAAUGGAUGUGAAUAGUGUUCUUUCGGGCUCUUUCAUAUCGAUGAAAUGUAAUACUGGUUAUACCUAUGGGAGCGGCCAAUUAAAUAUAACUUGUGUUGGCACCGCUUGGACCACAUUUCCCACUUGUGUAUCGACGAAUGGUGCAACUUGUGUAGUUGACGUGACAUCAACGUUCAAUAUUACCAAUGGUUACUAUACGAGUCAGUCACUCUCUUUUACGUCGUCUACAACGGCUACUGGGUCAAUUCAAUUUACAUGCUCGCAAGGCUACGUUUUGGAUCCAACGAUUGGAGCUUUGUAUACGUGUAACAAUGGUGUCUGGUCUACGAAACCACGGUGUCUGAUGACCGGUCGAUGUUCUUAUUCGGCACUACAAACAUAUAUUUCAUCUGCAACCGGUCUUAGAACAACUACACAACAAAAUCUGAUGGCUGCAUCGGCAGAUGCUCUCGUCGUAUUCAACGACUCGUAUAUUGUUCUCGCUUGUGCUAAUGGCUAUGUAAAUACGGGCGGCAGUUUAAACGUCACCUGUUUAAGCAAUGGUUCAUGGACGCAAUUCCCUAAUUGUAUACUUAGUACUGGCAGUGGUUCUUUGACAACGACAACCAUUGCCACGUCUAAUGGUUUGCCAUGUACAAUAGAUCCCAAUACUUCGUUUAACAUUACAAAUGGAUACUACACUCUUUCUUCACUUGGUUAUACCUCAACUACGGCUGCUACGGGUUGGAUACAAUUUACCUGUAUGCCCGGUUAUGUAUUGGAUCCAAAUAUUGGUGCGCUGUAUAACUGUAAUAACGGAGUUUGGUCAACUAAGCCACAGUGUCUAAUAACUGGUCGAUGUUCAUAUACAACAUUGCAGAAUUUCAUCUUCUCGGCCACUGGAAUUCAGACGACUGGUCAAAAUCGACUAAUGGCUUCCUCGACGGAUGCUACUAUCGUUUUCAAUGAUUCUUAUGCAGUGCUCGCUUGCAUGAGCGGUUAUGUUAACAUAGGUGGUAGUUUGAACGUCACAUGUUUGAGCAAUGGAUCGUGGACUCAAUUUCCUAAUUGCAUACUCAGCAGUGGUUCUAUCACCACUACUACAACAUCUAUCCCCAAUCAACUGUCGACGACAACCAUAGCGCCUAGUACAGGUGCAGCUUGUUCUAUUGAUUCGACGACAUUCACAAUCACAAAUGGAUAUUACGCGAGCUCUACACUAUCCUACACUUCCGCUACCACUGUAACUGGGUCAGUCAUAUUUGCUUGCGCGUCUGGCUAUGUGUUGGAUCCGACCAUCGGUGCGUCGUAUAAUUGUAAUAAUGGCGUUUGGUCAACUAAGCCUCGUUGUUCGAUCACUGGUCGAUGUUCUAUCGCCGCAUUACAGAAUUUUAUUUCCACUGCAGCCGGUUUACAGAUUGUAGAUCAAAAAAAUCUAUUGGCCAGUUCGCAAGAUACAACUGUCGUAUUCCAGAAUUCCUUUGUGAUUUUCUCAUGUGCCAGCGGAUACGUAAAUGCAGGCGGUAAUCUCAAUGUUACAUGUCUAUCCACUGGUUCCUGGACUCAAUUUCCCAGCUGUGUACUUAGUAGUGGGGGCGGUUCACUCACCACAACGACAACAGCUAUCCCUAACCAAUUAUCGACCACCACUGUGUCCCAAAGUACUGGCGCAGCUUGUCCCAUAGACGCAUCAACUUUUACCAUUACGAAUGGUUACUAUGCUAACUCAGCACUAACAUACACAUCUUCAACCACUGCGACCGGAUCAAUUCAAUUCUCUUGCAAUGUUGGUUAUGCUCUCGAUACGACUGUCGGCGCAACAUACACUUGUAACAACGGUGUUUGGUCAACCAAACCGCGCUGCUCGAUGACAGCUCGAUGUGCAUUCUCAACUCUGCAGAACUUCAUCUCUACAGCCAGUGGUACUCAGAUUGUUGAUCAGAAGAAUUUGCUAGCGUCCGCACAAGAUACAACAACUGUAUUCGUCAACUCAUUUAUUAUCUUCGCGUGUGCAAGCGGAUAUGUAAACACAGGUGGUAGUCUAAAUGUCACUUGUUUAAGCACAGGAUCAUGGUCUCAAUUCCCAAGUUGUGUCCUGAAUACUGGUGGAAUAACCACGACAACAACUACUACGCCAGCAAUGAUCACAACGACUAUUUCAUCCAGCACUGGGGCAGCAUGUGUCAUUGAUUCCUCGACAUUUACUGUCACCAAUGGCUAUUACGCGAGUUCGACACUUUCAUACACAUCAGCGACAACUGCAACUGGAUCCAUUCAAUUCGCUUGCAAUACUGGGUACACUCUUGAUACCACUGUGGGUGCAGCCUAUACCUGUAACAAUGGCGUCUGGUCGACCAAGCCACGUUGCAAUAUCACUGCUCGCUGUCCGUUCUCGACUCUGCAGAGCUUCAUCUCUACAGCCAGUGGUAUUCAGAUUGUUGACCAGAAGAAUUUGGUAGCAUCCGCGCAAGAUACCACAACUGUAUUCGUCAACUCUUUUAUUAUCUUCGCGUGUGCAAGCGGAUAUGUAAACACAGGUGGUAGUCUAAAUGUCACUUGUUUAAGCACAGGAUCAUGGUCUCAAUUUCCAAGUUGUGUGGUGAAUACUGGUGGAAUAACCACGACAACAACAACAGCAUCGGGCAUUACAACUACUACUGUGGCAUCAAGUGGCGGUGCAGCGUGUGCGUUUGAUGCCUCCACAUUCACUGUUACCAAUGGUUAUUAUGUCAGCUCCUCUUUGACUUAUACAUCGGCCACAACAGCUACAGGAUCGAUUCAAUUUGCUUGCAACACCGGUUAUGCUCUAGACUCUACGGUUGGUGCAGCCUACACCUGUAACAAUGGUGUCUGGUCUACGAAACCACGUUGCAAUAUCACUGCGCGCUGUCCGUUCUCGAGCUUGCAAAGCUUUAUCUCGACUGCAACGGGAAUACAGAUCGUUGACCAGAAGAAUUUGGUAGCAUCCGCACAGGAUACAUCAACUGUAUUCGUCAACUCAUUUAUUAUCUUCGCGUGUGCAAGCGGAUAUGUAAAUACAGGUGGCAGUCUAAACGUCACUUGUUUAAGCACGGGAUCAUGGUCUCAAUUUCCAAGUUGUGUCGUGAAUACCGGUGGAAUAACCACGACAACAACUACUACGCCAGCAAUGAUCACAACGACUCUUUUAUCCAACACUGGGACAGCAUGUAUCAUUGAUUCCACGACAUUUACUGUCACCAACGGCUAUUACGUCAGUUCGACACUUUCAUACACAUCAGCGACAACUGCAACUGGAUCCAUUCAAUUCGCUUGCAAUACUGGGUACACUCUUGAUACCACUGUGGGUGCAGCCUAUACCUGUAACAAUGGCGUCUGGUCGACCAAGCCACGUUGCAAUAUCACUGCUCGCUGUCCGUUCUCGACUCUGCAGAGCUUCAUCUCUACAGCCAGUGGUACUCAGAUUGUUGAUCAGAAGAAUUUGCUAGCAUCUGCACAAGAUACAACAACUGUAUUCGUCAACUCAUUCAUUAUCUUCGCCUGUGCAAGCGGAUAUGUAAACACAGGUGGCAGUCUAAAUGUCACUUGUUUAAGCACAGGAUCAUGGUCUCAAUUUCCAAGUUGUGUCGUGAAUACUGGUGGAAUAACCACGACAACAACAACAGCAUCGGGCAUUACAACUACUACUGUGGCAUCAAGUGGUGGUGCAGCGUGUACGUUUGAUGCCUCCACAUUCACUGUUACCAAUGGUUAUUAUGUCAGCUCCUCUUUGACUUAUACAUCGGCCACAACGGCUACAGGAUCGAUUCAAUUUGCUUGCAACACCGGUUAUGCUCUAGACUCUACGGUUGGUGCAGCGUACACCUGUAACAAUGGCGUCUGGUCUACGAAACCACGUUGCAAUAUCACUGCGCGCUGUCCGUUCUCGACUCUGCAGAGCUUCAUCUCUACAGCCAGUGGUAUUCAGAUUGUUGACCAGAAGAAUUUGCUAGCGUCUGCGCAAGAUACCACAACUGUAUUCGUCAACUCAUUUAUUAUCUUCGCCUGUGCAAGCGGAUAUGUAAACACAGGUGGCAGUCUAAAUGUUACUUGUUUAAGCACCGGAUCAUGGUCCCAAUUUCCAAGUUGUAUCCUGAACACUGGCGGAAUCACUACUACGACCACAUCAGCCGCAAUGACAACAACUCUCUCAACGAGUACUGGAUUAGCUUGUACAAUCGAUGCGUCAACAUUCACGAUAGCAAAUGGUUAUUACAAUAGCUCAGCACUGACGUACACUUCUGCUACUACUGCUACGGGGUCCAUUCAAUUCGCGUGCGUACCAGGAUAUGCGCUCGAUGCUACGGUUGGCGCUACAUACACUUGUAACAGUGGAAUAUGGUCUACAAAACCGCGUUGCUCUGCCACAGGACGCUGUUAUUUGUCGACUCUGCAAAGUUUUAUAUCAACAGCAACAGGAAUACAAAUCGUUGAUCAAACGAAUUUAUUAGCGUCGACACAGGAUACAAGUGCAGUAUUGGCGAACUCGUUCAUUGUAAUGGCUUGUGCGAAUGGCUACACUAACACUGGUGGUUCUCUAAAUGUUAGCUGCUCGAGUGCCGGUUCUUGGAGUCAGUUUCCAAACUGUGUAGUCAGUGGUGGAAGCGGUGUGACUACAACAACGAUCGCCUCAAAUACAGGUGCUGGCUGUCCAAUCGACACCUCUACGUUCACUAUUAAUAAUGGUUACUAUACUAGUUCAUCUCUGAAAUAUACAUCGGCUACGGCGGCGACUGGAUCGAUACAAUUUUCGUGUAUGCCCGGUUACAAUCUCGAUUCGGUAACUGGUGGAACAUACACAUGUACGAAUGGAAUAUGGUCAACUAAGCCGACAUGUUCAAUUACUGGUCGAUGCACGUUGACAGCACUGCAAAAUUUUAUUUCUACUGCCACGGGAAUACAGAUUCUGGAUCAAAAAAAUUUAAUGGCAUCUUCGCAAGAAACGAAUUCCAUAUUUGUGAACUCAUACAUUGUUUUCGCCUGCGCAAAUGGAUAUAUCAAUACUGGUGGUAGUCUCAAUGUGACUUGUUUGAGCAGCGGCUCGUGGACGCAAUUUCCUAAUUGUGUGCUCAGUGGUGGAAGCGGUGUUACUACUACAACAGUCGCCGGAAAUACUGGUGUAGGUUGUCCGAUUGAUGCAACUGCUACAUUUACAGUUACCAAUGGAUACUACGUGAAUUCUUCAUUGGCAUACACUUCAUCUUCGACAGCAACAGGAUGGAUUCGAUUCACCUGCAUUGCUGGUUAUACAGUGGAUCAAACGAUCGGUCCAUUGUACACAUGUACUAAUGGUGUCUGGUCCACGAAGCCACGAUGUUUAACUACGGGUCGAUGUUCCUAUUCUACGUUGAAAAACUUUAUAUCCACGGCAACAGGUAUUCAAGUGACUAGUCAAAAUCGAUUAACAACAGCACCAGAAGACUCUAACUCCGUGUUGAGCGAUUCAUUCAUUGUGUUAGCAUGCACAAGUGGCUUUACUAAUACUGGAGGUAGUUUAAAUGUUACAUGUUUGUCAACGAAUUCAUGGACUCAAUUUCCAAAUUGUGUACUCGGUAGCGGUAGUGGUUCAAUAACGACAACUACCCUAGCACCAAACAAUGGUCUAGCUUGUCUAAUUGACGCUUCUUCAUUUACCAUCACUAAUGGAUAUUACUUAAGUACGUCGCUCUCGUAUACUUCGGCGACUACGGCUACCGGAUCAAUACAGUUUGCAUGUAUACCAGGGUACACACUCGAUUCAACAGUUGGUGCAGCGUAUACCUGUAAUAAUGGUGUGUGGUCCACAAAACCGCGUUGUAAUAUGACAGCACGAUGCUCGUUUACUACAUUGCAAAACUUCCUGUCAUCAGCCACUGGUAUACAAGCUACGGAUCAGAGGAACUUGGUUGCAUCAACGCAAGACUCAAGUGUUGUGUUCGUCAAUUCUUACAUUGUUUUGACGUGUGCAAGUGGAUAUGUUAACACCGGCGGCAGUCUCAAUGUGACGUGCUUGGGCACUGGUUCAUGGUCACAAUUUCCAAGUUGUGUAUUAAACGGUGGCAGUGGUGUUGUCACUACCACUACUACUACUACUACUACAGCUAGCACAGGUUUAUCUUGCGCGGUAGAUGCAUCGAUCUUCACCAUUACGAAUGGUUAUUAUUCAAGUUCAGCAUUGACAUAUACUUCGGCCACGACUGCCACAGGAUGGAUACAAUUUACAUGUUCACCUGGUUAUGUAUUGGACUCAACGGUAGGUGCAUCAUACACGUGCAAUAAUGGUAUUUGGUCGACUAAACCACGCUGCUUAAUGACUGGACGAUGCACUUAUUCAGCCCUUCAAAGUUUUAUUUCAACAGCUACCGGCGUACAAACUACCGAUCAAAGUCGUUUAGUCGCUGCCACUCAAGAUACUACUGCAGUUUUAAAUGGUUCAUAUAUCUUACUUGCGUGCGUCAGUGGUUACACGAACAUCGGUGGUAGUUUAAAUAUAACAUGUCUAAAUAAUGGUUCAUGGAGUCAGUUUCCCAAUUGCGUUUUGAAUGGUGGCGGUGGCGGCGUGACCACGACUACCACUCAAGCUACUGGCAAUGGUGUAGCGUGUACAGUCGAUGCUACAACGUACACAAUUAGUAAUGGUUACUAUGUAAGCUCCACACUUUCCUACGUUUCGAGCACUGCUGCCACAGGAUCGAUUCAAUUUGCUUGUUCGUCUGGUUAUGUGUUAGAUUCGAGUAUAGGAGCAACGUAUACAUGCACGAGUGGUGUUUGGUCAAAAAAACCACAAUGCUUAAUGACUGGUCGUUGUUCAUAUACACUUUUGAAGAAUUUUCUUUCAACUGCGUCUGGAUUACAAGCGACAAGUCAAAAUCGUAUCGUACUAUCAUCACAAGAUAGUAAUGCUGUCCUGAAUGAUUCAUAUAUUGUUUUCACUUGCGCAAGUGGUUAUGUAAACGUUGGUGGCAAUCUGAAUGUCACUUGUCUGAGCACUGGUUCCUGGUCUCAAUUUCCUAGCUGUGCUUUGAACAAUGGUGCGAUAACUACAACAACGACAACAACUACACUCGCAUCGAGCACUGGAGCAGCUUGUGCAGUCGAUGCAUCAACGUUUACCAUCACAAAUGGUUACUAUUCUUCGUCUGCUCUGUCCUAUACUUCAGCAACAACGGCGACCGGUUAUAUUCAAUUUACAUGCGCAUCUGGUUAUUCGUUGGAUUCAGGCGUCGGUGCGAGAUAUACGUGUAAUAACGGUAUCUGGUCUACUAAACCACGAUGUUUAGUGAAUAGUCAAUGUUCCUAUUCAACGCUGAAUAAUUUUGUUUUGAGUGCGAAUACAUUGAAAACUACGUCUGAUUUUCGGCUGACAACAGCUUCACAAGAUACAAAUGCAAUAAUCAGUGGUUCGUAUGUGGUUCUUGCUUGUCUCGAUGGUUACAUUAAUACAGGUGGUAACUUGAACGUCACUUGUCUCAGCAAUGGCUCAUGGAGUCAAUUUCCAAGUUGCGUUCAAAGUACACAAUCAAUUACAACAACAGUAGCUACAGGCACUGGAAUGUAUUGUUCUUAUGACGCCAGUCGUUUGACCAUAGCAAAUGGCUAUGCAAACUCGUACAGUGGUAUUAUGUCACCAACUGCUAAUCUAGCUGUAUCAGGAGCAUACAUCAAUUAUGUUUGUGCAUCUCCGUAUGUACUAGUAGGUAACUCACAGAUAACUUGCACCAAUGGCGUUUGGAGUACAUCACCUGUUUGUACCUCAAAUGCUUCGUGUUCAUUAUCUCAACUAUCAUCGGCACUAGUCAAUGUUCAAGUUGUAUCGAAAUCACUAUUUUCCGCUAAUAAUGGUAUAACUGUUGGUAGUUGGAUUCAAGUUCAAUGUAGCUCUGGAUUCCAGUACAAUUCUUUAUCGGGCCCCUUGAAUAUCACUUGUUUAGCUACAGGAGCAUGGACACAAUUUCCAAUUUGUUCGUAG